AUGGCCUCGCUGCUGCUGCCGGGCCCCUACCCCUGGCCCGAGGCCCCGGGGACCCCGGGGACCCCGGGGACCCCGGUGACCCCGGGGGACUCCCCGGCCGGCCCCCGGGGCCCCGAGAGCCGCAUCCGCCGGCCCAUGAACGCCUUCAUGGUCUGGGCCAAGGACGAGCGCAAGAGGUUGGCGCAGCAGAACCCGGACCUGCACAACGCGGAGCUCAGCAAGAUGCUGGGUCGCUCCUGGAAGGCGCUGAGCCCCGCGCAGAAGCGGCCGCACGUGGAGGAGGCGGAGCGGCUGCGGGUCCAGCACUUGCGUGACCACCCGCACUACAAGUACCGGCCGCGCCGCAAGAAGCCCACCAGGCGCUUCUGCAGGCGCGGGGCCCCCUCCUGCCCCCUCGGACCCCCCCAGGACCCGGGCCCCCGGGACCGGCCCUCCCGCCCCGGGCCCGGGCCCCCGGCCGCCGACGCCUACCCUCACGGGCUCCCCACGCCCCCCGAGGGCUCGCCCCUCGACGCCCUGGACGCCGACCGGACCUUCUUCUCGUCCGGGCCGGACGGCCCCCGCCCCCCGCCCCCGCCGGCCUUCGCCCCGGAGCUGGCCCCGGGCCCCCUGCCCUGCGCCCACCCGCCCUUCUACGCCCCCGGCCCCUUCCCGGGGCUGGGCCAGCCGUCGCCGCCGCCCGAGCCCGCGGGCCUCGAGGCCCUGGACGGCCUGAGCCCCGCCGACCUGCUGGCCGACAUGGACCGCGACGAGUUCGACCAGUACCUCAGCGCGCCGGGCCCCCCGGCCGGGGUCAGCCUCAUCUCGGCGCUGGCCGACGCCACGGCCGCCUACUACAGCACCUACAGCGUCUCGUAGGACGCCCCCGCCCCCGGCCCCGGCCUCCUCUCUCCCUCCCCACGCCCCCCGAUGUCCCGGGCCCGGUCGGGGGAAGGGCGUCGGGCUUUCUCCGGGUCCCUCCGGGGGCUGGUGGGGUCUCCGGGCUAGUGGAGGCGGCGGGGGCCGGCGGUGGGAGAGCUCACCUGGCCACUGCCCAGCGAGCCCCCUCUCACCCACGACCCGGGCCGGGGCUCGGCUGGGGAGAAGAACCCGCCGGAAGACGCCUUCGCGGACCUCCCCACGCCCACCCGCGGCCGUGGGCCCGGGCGGUCGCCACCCACGCUGAUGCCGCGGGGCCUCUCGGGCCCGCGAGUUCCCGGUUCCUUCAUUUAUUCCUUCAGUCGUAUUUAUUGAGCGCUUACGGUGUGCCGAGCACUGUACUAAGCGCUCGGAAAGUACAGCUCGGCAGGAGAAGCCUCCUUCCCACCCACGGACAGGCGCGCACGACCACACGCAACCCCUCGUCCCGCAAAUCUUUCCUGCCCUUCCCGGCCCUCGGCUCCCCAAACGCCAAGAUCCUGUCAGCCCCCGGGGCGUCGGGGGUCUCUCCAGGUCCAGCCCCUUCCCCACGCGACCCCCAGACCCCACUUGGCGCCCGGGGCGCGGGAGCGGGGCGGGACGCGGCCUUUCGUGGGACGCUUCCCUUUCCCGAGCAUAGCCUUUCUGGACCAUUCCCGUCUCCCCGUCCCGGGAAUCCUUAGCCCAGGUGGGCGUCCAGCGCAGCUCCCGCCAGGGCGAACGGAGAGACCCCCCGCUCCCCACCCCCCCCCCCCAGCGU